CCCUGCCUGCCCCGGUAAGGAGGAGGCACGCAGGCACAGCUCCUUCCCCCUUUCUGGCCAAGGCAGGGGCAGCUGCCAGGCUCUGUCUGGGCACAGCCCUUCAGAAGAGGAAGUGUUUUUCCCUGCCUGCAACCCCCCCGCUGCCAGCCUCUUACCCCCACCGUCCCCAAAACGGGGCAGGAUGUGACCCUGUGGCGGCCCCGUGACCACUACUACCAAGAAGGGAGGGACAGGAGAGGAGGGAGGCGAGCGCAGACCCCGAGGAGGAGAGGGGUGAGUGGGGCGAGCGGUGGGGCUGCGGGCAGACGCACAAACUCGAGCGCAGACCCCGAGGAGGAGAGGCCCCCAAAAAAAGGAGGACGACAGGAGGACCCCCCCCCCCCCCCGCACCGAGAUGGCCACCCAUCUCAGUCACUGCGGUAACUUCAGCAGCUUCCAGGAGUCGCUGUGGCCGGUGCUGGCGGUGCAGUUCCCGCCGGCGUUGGUGGGUAACGGCAUAGCCGUCUACCGUUUCGCCACCCGCGAGCGCUCCUGGCACAGCGGCAUCGUCUACUCUUUCCACCUGGCCGUCAGCGGGAUGCUCUACUCCCUCUCGCUGCCGUUUUUGGCGGCGUAUUACUACCCGCCCAAGGACUGGCGCUACGGACCGGUGCUGUGCAAGCUGGAACGUUUCUUUUUCAACUACAACCUCUACGGCGGCAUCUUCUUCGUCACCUGCAUCAGCCUUAACCGCUACCUCGGCAUCGUUCACCCCCUACGGGUCCACGGGCGGCUGCAGCCACGCCACGCCAAGGUGCUGAGCGCGGCUGUUUGGGUGCUGGCCGGGGUGCUCUCGGCACCCACCUUUUUUUUUACGGAGCUACAAAAAGCGGAGGGUGCGACCGAGUGUUUGGGGAGCGCGGCCCCGCAGCAGCUGCAGAGGUUUUAUCCCUACAGCCUGCUGCUGGCCGGGCUAGGCUGCGGGCUGCCCUUCCUCCUCACCGCCUCCUGCUACGCCGCCAUUAUCCGCACCGUUUUCCGUAAUCCUCACCUCAGCCAACCGGAAAAAAGGAAGGUGGGAAUGCUGGUGGGGGCGGGAGUGGCUCUCUACGCUUUUUCCUACCUGCCCUACCACAUUUUCCGUAACCUCAACCUAUGGCGUCGCCUGCUGCGACCAGGCACGGAGGACUGCGCCAUCUCCAAAGCCAUCCACGCCACCGCUCAGGUCUGCAAGAUCCUCGUUAACCUCAACAUCUGCCUGCAGCCGCUGCUCUACGCUGCCCUGGCCGACAGCAUGCAGAGCUGCUGCGGUGCCGGCUGCAGCACCGGCACCGACACCGCCGCCAAGGAGCGGGCUGAGCACUUGGAGCUGUGGCCAGCAGCCUAGGAGACCCCUGGGGUGGCCCGAGGAGGCUGGCACAGAUGGUACAGGGCUCUGCGAUGCCCUUGGGCACGCGUUUCCCUCCCAGAAAGGGCGGCAGUAAUGUGGGAGAAGCGGGAUUAAAGCCGAAACCGCA